AUGAUGGACGGCAUCCUUCCUCAUCUUCCAAGCCAGAUUCUGGAAGAGCCACGUGAUGAUGGUCAUCCCAUGCAGAAGGAUGCGACGCUUGUGAGUACACCUCGACUCUGGCAUCAGACAACUUCGGAUAGCGAUGGCGAGCUUCCAGAUCCUAACAGGGUGGGGCCGCCCAGAAGAAGACGUCCAAAACAGCAGCAGGCCCUCCUUUCGAAAUGGCUUCGCGAAAAAGGCUUCUCCGAGGACGUAACAGAGCCUCACCAACAAGGCUGCAGAUUCUGGACGAGAAAGGAGGUACAAUAUCCGGUCCAUGUAGCUGCAGCCGAAGGCAAUCUCGAGCUUUUGCGAUCGAUGCUGUUAGCACGUGCUGAUGCACGACAGAGGACUUCACGUGGCCGGACGGCAUUGGAAAUCGCUGUGGGCUGCAACAACAUGUUCGGCUCACACGAUGGCGUUAUUGCGCAAUUGCGAAGCGAUGCCGCCAUAGUACGAGCCACUGACAUUUUGACCACUUUGACUUCGUAA